AUGUAUUCCUCCACCAUCCUUCCGGCCCUCUGCGUGGGCCUCGCGGCUGCUGCUCCUGCGAUGGAACAGCGACAGGCUGGCUACGCCGCGACUACGACUUGGGAGUUCACGGGCAACACUUUGCCUACCGGUCUGACUGCCUCCACCUGGCAAGUGGACGCGGACAAACCAGGGCUGCUGAACCACAGGUUCGACGCGGAGAAUGUCGUCGUGCAGGAUGGAGCGAUGUUGUUGACUGUCCCUGGUGGACAGCAAGGACAACAGACCAUCUCGUCUGCUGAAGUCGCUACGUUCUCAGUGUUGUACGGGAGCGUUCGUGUUGAGGCACAGUUGACGGAAGUGGCUGGUGUGGUCAAUGGAUUCUUCUUCUACGAGAGCGACAGCCAGGAGCAGGACAUCGAGUUCGUCACCGACCCAGAGUCGUUCUCCAACAAGGAUUCCCCAAGCGGUGGCCGAGAGCUGCAAUACACCAACCAAGCCACCCAAGGCCAAGAAGACACCAUGAAGUACGGCUCCGCUCCAUCCGACAUCACCUCCGCCAUCCACGAAUACGGCAUCGACUGGUCCCCCGGCUCGACCAAAUACUACCUCGACGGCGAACUGCAGUACGAAUUCACGACCAACGUCCCAACCGAGCCGUCUGCGUUCCUCAUCAACAACUGGGUCAACGGAGACCCUUACUGGACGCUUGGGCCCCCUAAGACGGAUGCCGUGAUGAAGGUGACGAAGAUUACGCUCGCGUACAACCCGUGA